AUGCCAGCGGCUGAGGGUCUUGGACCGCCCGCUCUCCCUCCCGUUGCCGUCGGCGGCCGGCCGCUAGCUUUGACGGGGCGGAGUCGUGGACCGAUGAGGGUCAACGAUCGAUGUGUGGGAGAGAGUGUAUGUGCCUCCGAAGUGACCGCAUCCAGCUGUCAUCCGGAAUCCUCGGCGCCACACAUCAUCACACUUUAUACGGACUGA